GAGGUUGAUCAAGGAGAUGGAGGCGAAGCAGCAGAGUGAGAAGGCGGAGCUUGAGCUCCUCCAGCAGGAGGUAGAGAGCCAACGCAAAGAGUCUGAGGAGGUGCAGCAGCGAAUUCUCCGUCAGGAGGAGAGCCUCCGCCGCCGUAGCCAUGACAUCGAGAGCCGUCUGCGUGACUUCCUGGCCGAGAAGGAGCGCUUUGAGGAGGAGAGGCGCUCUGAGAUCCAGGGGGAGGACCUCCUGCAGCAGCGGUGGAACCAGCAGCUGGCGGGUGACGCUGUGGAAGAGCGGGACGAGGAGCAGCGGAUGCAGCAGGAGGCUGCAGAGCAGACGGAAAUCUAUCGUGAGCUGACGAGGCUGAAGAAAGAGCGCGAGGAGCAGAAGGUUCGUCUGGAGGCUGAGCAGCGGCGGCUGGAGGAGCAGGAGCGGGAGCAGCUGAGCCUGGUGGGCAGGCUGGAGGAGCAGCUGAGGGAGAAACACGAGGCAGCCACCACGCUGUUGACCCGGGAGGACGCCGACCGCCUCGAGGAGGGGCGCAGAGCAUUGGCCGAAAUUAGAGGAGCGCUCCUCCGAGCCAAAGAGGCUGGAGAGCGGCAGGAUGUGGAUGAUGCCGAAGAGGAGGCCCGAUCUGCUCAGAGUCGAUACACGGACUUCAAGGUGGCUCAGGUGAAGGAGCUGGGUCAGCUGGAGGAGGGGCUCCGGCAGCAGAAGGAGCAUCUGGAGAAGGAGGUCGCCGCUGAGAGAAACACAAUGCUGCUCCUCGCUCAUGGCCUCAAAGAAAGACAGCAGCAGCUGAAGGAGAUGCAGGAGAAGGGGGCGCAGGACGCCACGGCGGUCUGCCAGGAGGAGCAACUGGUGAAGCAGGCGGAACACAGGCUGCAGCUCAAGGAGCGGCAGCUGACCAGCCUUGCCGACGACCUCCUCCCCGCGCUGGCCGAGGAGAAGCAGAGAGCCAUGGAGGUGUUGGAGCGCAGCACCGGCAGCAACGGGAACUGCAACAAUCCACCGGGACUGGACAACACACUGUACCAGGUGGAGAAGGAGCUGGAGGACAAGGAGGAAAAGCUGAACCUCCACUGGCACAGUGCUCAGCAGCUGCAGCAGCUCCAGGAAACCUAUGAGUUCACAGCCAACGUGGCCCGGCAGGAGGAGAAGGUGAGGAGGAAGGAGAAGGAGAUCCUGGAGUCGAAAGAGAAGCAGCAGAGGGAGGCGAUGGAGCAGGCAGUGGCCCGGCUGGAGAGGCGGCACUCGGCCCUGAGGCGCAGCGUCUCCCCGGAGCCCGACACAGAGGAGCAGAGGCUCAAGAGCUCGGUCCAGAGGAACCUGAGGGGGGCGGAGCUGGACCAGCAGAGGGUGGAGUGGGAGAUCCGGAAGCUGAGGCAGGGGAUCAGCGAAGGAGAAGAAAACAGCAGGACUCACUCGAUCAGUAACGAGGAGAAGACGAGUCACGGCGGCUCUCCGGUCAGUCACAUCCAGAGUCUGCACACGCUGCUGCCGCUGUCCGACGACAGGAUCAACGCCUACAUCGAGGAGGAAGUGCAACGAAGGUUACGUAAGAUGAACUUCCUGAACGGCGGCGGCGAGCUGGAUCUGUCCGAGUCCUGUGAAUCUCUCAGGCUCUUUAACCCGCAGGACGAGGAGGAAGUUAGUGACUGUAGCUCUGUUAGAUUAACAGACCAGGAUGAUGAAAAGCUGCAAAACAUGAAUCCAAGGAGGCUGAAAUAUGAGCACUUGGUCUCCCGUCCUCUCGGGUCGAGCGCCGACAGCCUCCAGGAGCCCGUCAAAAUUAGCAUUCCACGUUACGUUCUCCGCGGGCAGGGGAAGGACGAGCACUUUGAGUUCGAGGUGAAGAUCAGUGUGAUGGACGAGACCUGGACCGUGUUCAGACGUUACAGUCGCUUCAGAGAGAUGCACCGGAGCCUCCGGACGAAGUUUCCAGAGCUGGCGGCUCUCGAGUUCCCUCCGAAGAAACUGUUUGGAAACAGAGACGAGCGGAUGAUCGCUGAACGCCGCAACCACUUGGAGCGUUAUCUGAGGAGCUUGUUCCGAGUGAUGCUGUCGUCGCUCAGCUCUCCUCUCAGAACCGACGCCGACAGCGGUUUCUAUCUGUCCAAACACGCCAUCUGUGACUUCUCACCGUUCUUCAAGAAGGGCGUGUUUGAGUACAGCAGCCACGGCACCGGCUGAGUCCGAGCCGACCCCCCACCAGCUCCUCCAAACUCCCACAGCGUCAUCUCCCCCGAUGGUGCAGGACGGAGAAGUUCAGGUCAGUUUCCUCUCCUCUGUCCUGACACGCUGCUCAGCUCAAUGUCGUCAUGGAGACGCUCAGAACUUCAACGCUCUGUUUCAAGAGUCCCAGCUCGACGUGACACAAAGCAUCAAUAUCAGUUAGAAUCAUCCUGUACCUUCCUUCAACUGCCGCGGUCGAGGGUUCAAUUCCCUUCACUGCUGCUGAAACCAUCAGGUCCGACAGAGAAAAGAAAACGAGUUUGUCUUCAGAGUCAAUUUUUAUAAGAGAAACCCCAAUUUUAAAUUUGAACGUGUCUGAUGUUUCAGAGACAUUUCCUGUUUUCAGCUGAAGAGGAUGAGGGGGCGGGGUCUAAAUGGAUGUUUUCAGUCGGUAAACAGAGGAAGUGUUCGGGGGGGAAGACGUCAGUGGAACCGUGAUCAGCUGAUUCCUUCUUUCCAUCAGACGACAACGUCGAAACAAGAUUCCAACAUUUCACGAAUGUUACGUCCUCUGAUGUUGAGACCUGAGCGGACGUGAAAACUACAAACGUGCUGAAUAUUAGCGUCACAUGAGACUGAGUGUAAAUACAAUGUGAAUACUCAUGUGAAAUUUUUUCUAUACGCUUGUGUACGAUGUAAAGUGUUGAGUCUUAAUGUCGGUAAAG